GAAAAGUAGAGGAAAACAACAAGCUAUUUACGUAUAUUCCCCCAGAAACCUCAUAGCCUAGUUCUCUUUUUAACUUCAACUCUAAGAAGCCUAAUAGUGCCUAAUUUGUGGACAAAGAUCAGUUCAACACACUAACUUAAUAGAAUAGGUUGUUGCCAUCCACCUUUUGAAUAUUUUAUCCUACAUAUUUUUUAAAAUAAAAGAAAAUUAUAAAAAUCAUUAGGACUUGUUUGUAACAGCUGUUGCAAAAAAAUGGGAGAAAUUGAAACUUUUUGCAGUCGGGAAUAGGUUUCGAUCUCUUAGUGAACUCAUGUUGUUCAUUCGUGCUUCAAUUUGUUUUGAAAUUCUCAUAUAUAUUUCAAUUUUCGCUUUGUUGGUAUCUUGUAAAGAUGAAGUUGACCAAACUAAAAUUACCUGGUGGCAGAUUGAACCGUAUACAAUUUUUAAUAAAAGCGCAUCUCAAUAUCCUAUACCCUUUCAGGGUUUCUUUCAAGCAGCAAUAUUAAGACUACAUAAGGAAUGUCCUAAUACGUUUUCAAAUUCUACAUGGGAUUUUAGAAGGGUUGUUAACCCAAUAGACUUUGAGAGAGACGCCGCAUCUUCCGUUUCAAAUGGUAAAGUCAUGGCUUUUUUGCCGUUUUCUGCGUCCUCUACUCUGGCUAGUUCUAUUGGCUUUCAAGAUGAAUCAACAUUCUUUUUACCUCUCAUCGAAGUUUCUACAUCUAUUUACUUCUUUGAAAAGAGAGCGGCAAGUGUCGGAUCGGAUUUAAUGGCAGUUAUAGUUCAAGGAUGGCCCCUAUUAACUCUCAUCAUAUUGGGUGCCGCAUACUCUGGUAUAAUCAUAUGGCUACUGGAUAGAUUAUGGAAUCCAACAAACUUUCCCAAACCUUUUCUUAGAGGUUUCUGGGAAGGUUUCUGGUGGGCUUUUGUGACAAUGACAACUGUUGGAUAUGGUGAUACAACGCCAAAAUCAGUUCAAGCCAGAAUCUAUGGUCUAGUAUGGAUUGUUGUUGGAAUAACAAUUUUGAGUGUUUUUACGGCUACUGUUACAACGGUUUUAACUCAAGAAUCUCUUGUUACUUCUGGAAUUGAAGGGUCAAAGGUUGCAGUCCUAAAUGGUAGUGAAGAUUUUCGAAGAGCUUUAGAGAAAGGGGCUGAUCCUGUUUUGUGUAACUCAUUCGACGAAAUUUUGGAAAAGAUGAACAACAAGGAAGCUAGGGGUGGCUUAAUAGACCAUUUCUCAUUUGCAGCUCAACAGGAAAAAAUGAACGCGAGUACUCUACUUGAGCAAACUCUAGACAAUCCUGUCCUACACGGAGUCCUAUUUAAAGGACUAUCUCCGUCCGUACGAGCUUGUUUAAAGACAACUGUUCUAGUUCAUAAGCAAGAGUUUGUCGAUGAAAUAGAUAAGUGGACAAAGCCUUUGAUAAUCUAUAAAACAAAUGCAGCAGAUAACGCUCAAAAUAUUUUUCAACCAACAACUCUGAUGUUCAUGUGGUAUGCCGCUCUUGUCUGGGCUGCUGUCUUUAUCUUAUUCAUCAUAUGGGAAAUUAAGAUAUGGCGUCCUAAACACAACAGACGUCAAAAAAUUAAAAAUCAGAAGAGAUUGGCAGACGAAGAGAGAGACAUUGGACAAAUUAAAAAUAAUCAAAGUAAAGCAAAUGCAGAGGAGUUAAAGAGGAAUGUACUCAAUUUAGGUCAAGAGGAGAAAUCCGGCGAGAAAACUUUCACAAAUGAAAUAUACUGUAAUCAAGUCUUUGUUGUAGAAGAUCAAGCAACUAUCGAUUUUCAAUCUCUAAUUAAACGACAGAAUAAAGAAUUACUGCAACUACAAAAGAAAUUAGCCGAUAUAAAAUUAGAAUGGGAUAAAAUGGUUCGAGAAGUUCAAAAAAGACAUAGAGAGGAACAAAAAGUCUAUUUAGCGUCAUUUACAGACGAUUUUAUCAAACAUUCGGUGGUGAACGACAACGAUAAAGAAGUAGAGGGUAGCGCUUGGCCAACUAUUUGUUUAUAAAACUUAUUCAAAAGAGGCGAAAAUCUCAUUCAAAGAAGAAAAAAAGCUGAAAUUUCAUGUCAACAAUUUGUCAAGAUUUUAAGAUUUUUUUAAAAAGUUAUACAUGCCAUUGGCUGUAUUAACGAUAAUCGUAAAAAAGGAAAGAAGAGCUAAAACAAAGGCGUUCGUAAAAAAGGAACGAAAGAAUGAAAUAGGAUAAAAUAUGACCUUGAUCGUUAUCACUUAAUAAUAUAAUAAUAUAGUAUAUCUGUAAAAAAUAUCAGAAAUCAAGGUCAUUUUAAUAUGAAAAACACCUGUGCACUGAUACAUUUAUUUUACAAACAAAAGAGAGAAAACCUUGAAUAAAAUGACUAUUAUGCAAACGUAUAUUUUUUACUUUUUUAACUAUAGUUUUAACAAUGAAAACAAAAACAAAAGGAGCAAAAAUGUUAAUAGAUCAUUUAAAAUUGAAGCCUUGAACCUUUGGUUACUACAGAAUAGUAUAGACUAAUGACUACAAUGAGUUAUCAAGGUUGUAUUACACAAUAAAUGUUAAUUAUACUUUUCUCUUUCGUUUUUUAUUGUUUCUUUUUUCUGUUUUCAUAUAUACUUUGUUUUUUUUUCUUUUUAAAAUUCAAGUUAAUUAAAUCUAUUCAAAAUUUUCAAUUCA